GGGAAGGAUCAGGAAGAAAUCAAAUUGAUCACAUGCUAGUAAAUAAGAGGUAUAGGAACAGCUGUACAUCUAGCAAAACAUACCCGGAGGCAGAUAUAAAUUCUGAUUAUGUACCAGUUGUAGGUAAUUUCAAAGUCAGAAUGAAGAAGGUUACAAGUCGAUGAAGAAGUAUGAUGUUAGAAAACUGAAAAAUCCCAAUGUUCGACUGAAGGUAAGUGAAAACCAAAACACAAAGUUGCUAAAAUGCAAUAAAGCAGAAACUAUAGAGAAAAGUCUGAAAGUCAAACAAAAAAUAGUGAGAGAACUGCGAUAUGCAGAUGAUAAAAUAGUGUUUUCCAAUACCUUAAUAAACAAAAUAACGGAAACAAGUAGAAAAUAUGAACUGGAUAUAAACACCAGCAAAACCAAGCUAAUGAUAAUUAGCAAGAAAAACAUAACUGGAACAGAUCUGUUUAGGAACUAAAUCAGAAUUAAACGUGUCUCACAAUACAACUACUUGGGAACUAUAAUCAAUGAGUCGUGGAACAAUACCCAAGAGAUUAAAUGUCGCAUCGGAAAGACAAAAGUGCGUUCUUGACUAUGAGUUCUAUCAAGAGCCAUGAUCUCAUACUUAAAACAAAAAUAAGGCUCCUUAAAUUUUACGUGUACUUAGUGCUUCUGUACGGAGUAGAAACGUGG